CAGACAUUCUCCCAGAGGGGCUAAUGCAGGCUCUGUAGAGUUUGACGGUAAUCUCUCUUUUUUUCAGCUUCUGCUCCUUGCUGGGACAACAGCAAGAGAAGGAAAUUAAGGAGCCACCCAUAAUUUACCCAGAUAGCCCGAGAACAGUCAAUAGACCACAGACUGUGUCCCCAAGGAGAAAAGCUGCAGGCAUCUGAGGAUAAACCACUGCGAACAGCUUUUAACAUCAAGCCAACCUGGAAGACUUUGACUCCAAAGUACCAGGUGAUUUGGACACCCACAGUAUUGGCCUCGUUUUUCUAGUCAAGCAUGAUUCAUGAAAUGGAAUAAAGCUGAAAAAUCAUCUAUUUCUUUGCCUGUGGGUUUGAGACAAUAUUGGGAUGUUCUUCUGUGCAUAUAACUGAACCAACUGCAGCUAUGAGUUCAGACGAGAAGGGUAUAUCCCCUGCUCAUAAAACAUCCACUCCAACCCAUAGGAGUGCCUCCUCUUCAACAUCCACCCAGAGGGACAGCAGGCAGAGCAUUCACAUAUUGGAGAGGACUGCUUCCUCUAGCACGGAGCCCUCUGUAAGUCGGCAGUUGCUAGAACCGGAGCCGGUCCCCCUCUCCAAGGAAGCUGACAGCUGGGAAAUUAUAGAAGGGCUGAAAAUAGGCCAGACCAAUGUCCAGAAACCAGACAAACACGAAGGCUUUAUGCUGAAGAAAAGAAAAUGGCCUUUAAAAGGUUGGCACAAGCGCUUUUUUGUCCUGGAUAAUGGAAUGUUAAAGUAUUCAAAGGCACCGCUUGAUAUUCAAAAAGGGAAGGUCCAUGGGAGCAUCGAUGUUGGCCUCUCGGUCAUGUCAAUUAAAAAGAAAGCUCGGAGAAUAGACCUUGACACAGAAGAGCACAUCUAUCAUUUGAAGGUAAAAUCCCAGGACUGGUUUGAUGCAUGGGUCUCCAAACUACGCCAUCAUCGAUUAUAUCGUCAGAAUGAAAUUGUGAGGUCACCAAGAGAUGCUAGUUUUCACAUAUUUCCUUCAACCUCCACAGCUGAAUCCUCACCAGCUGCUAAUGUUUCCAUUGUGGAUGGAAAGGUGCAACCAAACAGCUUUCCGUGGCAGUCUCCUUUACCAUGCAGCAAUAGCCUCCCUGCAACCUGCACAACGGGCCAGAGUAAAGUGGCAGCCUGGCUACAGGACUCGGAAGAAAUGGACAGGUGUGCAGAAGACCUUGCACACUGCCAGUCAAACCUUGUGGAACUUAGCAAACUCCUUCAAAAUUUGGAAAUACUGCAGAGAACUCAGUCAGCACCUAACUUUACUGACAUGCAGGCUAACUGUGUAGAUAUUUCAAAGAAAGACAAGCGGGUCACAAGACGAUGGAGAACAAAAAGCGUCAGCAAAGAUACAAAAAUACAACUGCAGGUUCCGUUCAGCGCUACCAUGUCACCGGUCCGCUUGCAUUCCUCCAACCCCAACCUUUGUGCAGAUGUUGAAUUUCAGACUCCCCCCAGCCAUCUUACUGACCCUCUGGAAAGUUCAACGGAUUAUACAAAGCUCCAAGAAGAGUUUUGUCUAAUUGCCCAGAAAGUGCAUUCUCUGUUGAAGUCUGCGUUUAACAGCAUAGCUAUAGAGAAGGAGAAGCUUAAGCAGGUGGUUUCUGAGCAGGAUCACAAUAAAGACCACAGCACACAGAUGGCUCGGCUCAGACAGUCACUGUCUCAGGCUUCAGAUGAUGAGUCUUACAUCAGUGAUGUGAGUGAUAAUAUAUCUGAAGACAACACCAGCGUUGCAGACAACAUUUCUCGGCAAAUCCUGAAUGGGGAGCUUACAGGAGGGGCUUUCCGAAAUGGACGCCGAACGUGCCUCCCAGCUCCCUGUCCUGACACCAGUAACAUCAACCUGUGGAAUAUCUUGAGGAACAACAUUGGUAAAGACCUUUCUAAAGUCUCUAUGCCUGUGGAGCUAAAUGAGCCCCUCAACACUCUGCAACAUCUCUGUGAAGAAAUGGAGUACAGUGAGCUCCUGGACAAGGCCUCGGAAACCGACGAUCCCUAUGAGCGCAUGGUUCUUAUUGCUGCAUUUGCAGUUUCAGGAUAUUGCUCCACCUAUUUCAGAGCAGGAAGUAAGCCAUUCAACCCUGUCCUUGGGGAGACUUAUGAAUGCAUUAGAGAAGACAAGGGGUUCCGAUUUUUCUCAGAACAGGUUAGCCAUCAUCCACCCAUUUCUGCCUGUCACUGUGAAUCGAAGAAUUUUGUGUUUUGGCAAGAUAUCAGAUGGAAAAACAAGUUCUGGGGGAAGUCAAUGGAAAUCUUGCCUGUCGGAACACUGAAUGUCAUGCUUCCCAGAUAUGGAGAUUUCUAUGUGUGGAAUAAAGUCACCACAUGCAUACACAACAUUCUCAGUGGUAGGAGAUGGAUAGAGCAUUAUGGAGAAGUCACCAUCAGAAAUACCAAAAGCAGUGUUUGCAUUUGCAAACUCACAUUUGUCAAGGUGAAUUAUUGGAAUUCUAAUGUGAAUGAAGUCCAGGGCGUUGUGAUGGAUCAGGAGGGAAAGGUGGUUCACCGGCUGUUUGGGAAGUGGCAUGAAGGGCUCUACUGUGGCGUGGCCCCUUCUGCAAAGUGCAUCUGGAGACCAGGUUCCAUGCCAACCAACUAUGAGCUCUAUUAUGGCUUCACAAGGUUUGCUAUUGAGCUUAAUGAGUUAGAUCCUGUGCUAAAAGACCUUCUUCCACCGACAGAUGCACGAUUCCGGCCAGAUCAGAGAUUUUUGGAAGAAGGAAAUCUGGAAGCUGCAGCAGCAGAGAAACAAAGAGUAGAGGAACUUCAGAGAUCUCGAAGACGAUACAUGGAAGAAAACAACCUUGAACAUAUACCAAAAUUUUUUAAAAAAGUUAUCAAUGCCAAUCAAAGAGAAGUCUGGGUUUCUAAGGACACUUACUGGGAGCUGCGAAAAGACCCUGGGUUUAGUAAAGUAGACAGCCCUGUUCUUUGGUAAACUGGG